AUGCAGUGAUCGUCGCUUAAACCUUCCCUUUGUUAAACCCACAUAUUUCCUUCGCAGUCUCUUUCUACUCUCCACAACCGAAGAGGAGGGGGAAAAAAGCCAUGGCUGUGGACAAAGAUAAGCUUCAAGAAGAAGCUUCCAUUGUUCGUUUUUGUAAAAUUAUUCUUGGCUGGGACUAUUUUCGCCUCCUCAAAUUAUCUAAAAAAAAUAACAAAGAUGAGGCGACGUCGGCUUUAAAAGAAGUGAAGGAUAGCUACAAAGACGUUGAUGAUUAUUUGGCUACUUUCGAGCCGCUUUUGUUUGAGGAAGUCAAAGCUCAGAUUGUUCAGAGAAAAGAUGAGGAGGAAGUGGCUGAUUGGAAGCUAAGGCUGGUUAUGGAAUGCAAUGAGGCUGAUGGAUUUUACUUACCUGCGAUUACUUAUGAAGCUGAGGAGGAAGAAUCGAUAUCACAGAAUGACCUUUUGCUGCUUUCAAAAGAGGACUUUAAAGAGGGUAGUAAGAAACUCCCAACAACAUAUGCAUUUGCAUUGGUGGAACAUAGACAAAAGAAUCAGCUUAGACUCAGAAUGUACUUAGCUGGCGAGUUCACACAAGUAAAUCCUGAUGUUGAAAAGAGUUCUGCAAGGCUGGCACGUAUGCAAGCCCUUAUCACUUCUACUGCUAAUGCAGUGGACAAACGAUUGUUCAGUAUAAAGGUUUGUAGUUUAUCAACUAUAUCGCGUGAAUAUAUAGCUCUGCGUUCAGUUGGUUCUCUUCCUUUCAAGGAUUUAAUACUUAAAGCAGCAGAAAGAGAUCCUGGUUCUGAAGACCAAGCCUGGAAAAUUUCUGGAUCCCUAAAAGAUUAUUUUAUGGAGAAUCUUAACAAAUCUCAACAGGAAGCUAUACAUGCUGGUCUGUCUCGUAAACCCUUUGUCCUGAUACAGACCUGCACAGAAUUGGGGCCACCUGGAACAGGGAAGACACAGACCAUCCUUGGACUUCUAAGUGCUAUUUUGCAUGCAACUCCAGCAAGAGUUCAUUCGAAGGGUGUAUUGCUUGAGCUAAAUCUUGGACCAGAACUACCCAUUGAAGAAAAAUACAAGCAUUGGGGACGAGCUUCUCCAUGGUUAAUGAAUGCUAAUCCCAGGGAUAUUAUCAUGCCUAUUGAUGGUGAUGAUGGUUUCUUUCCUACCUCUGGAAACGAGAUGAAGCCAGAAGUUGUUAAUUCCAGACGGAAAUAUCGCCUAAGGGUGCUGGUAUGUGCACCAUCAAAUUCUGCUCUUGAUGAGAUUGUGUUACGCCUUUUAAAAACUGGUGUUCGUGAUGAAAAUGUUCGCGCAUAUACUCCUAAAGUUGUUCGCAUUGGUCUUAAACCACAUCAUUCUGUCGAGGCAGUCUCCCUGGAUUACCUUGUUAAUCAAAAGCGGGAGUUGGCUGGUGAUAAGCCGAAACAAUCUUCCACAGCAAAGGAUAUAGACAGUCUUCGUGCUGCAAUUUUAGAUGAGGCUGUCAUUGUCUGCUCCACACUCAGCUUCAGUGGUUCAGCAUUGCUUUCUAAACUGAGUUCUGGUUUCGAUGUUGUUAUAAUUGAUGAAGCUGCCCAAGCUGUGGAACCUGCCACUCUUCUUCCUUUGUCCAGUGGCUGCAAACAAGUAUUUCUGAUAGGUGAUCCAGUUCAAUUACCCGCUACUGUAAUUUCACCCGUUGCUGAGAAAUUUGGCUAUGCCACGAGUUUGUUCAAGAGAUUUCAGAGGGCCGGUUAUCCUGUAAAGAUGCUUAAGACUCAGUAUCGAAUGCAUCCCGAGAUAAGAAGCUUUCCUUCAAAGGAGUUCUAUGAUGAGGCAUUAGAAGAUGGAUCAGAUGUCGAAGAUCAAACUACUCGUGAAUGGCACAAAUACCGCUGCUUCGGACCAUUUUGCUUUUUCGAUAUACAUGAAGGGAAAGAGUCACAACCCUCAGGAAGUGGGUCCUGGGUAAAUACUGAUGAGAUCGAGUUUGUCCUUGCCUUGUACAAUAAAUUGAUAACAAUGCACCCAGAGCUUAAGUCGAGCUCUCAAUUUGCUAUUAUAAGCCCUUACAGACAUCAAGUCAAGCUUUUACAAGAGAGAUUUCAGGAAACUUUUGGGGUGGAGUCCAAAAGGGUUGUGGAUAUUGGUACCAUUGACGGUUUCCAGGGACGGGAAAAAGAUGUUGUAAUAUUUUCUUGUGUGAGGGCUAGCAAAGAUAGAGGCAUAGGCUUUGUGUCUGAUUUUCGGCGAAUGAAUGUCGGAAUCACCCGAGCAAAGUCUUCUGUACUGGUGGUUGGUUCAGCAUCAACGCUGAAGAGGGACGAGCAUUGGAACAACCUAGUAGAAAGUGCUGAGGAGCGAGGAUGCUUAUUUAAGGUAGGGAAGCCUUAUACAUCAUUCUUGAAUGAUGAAUAUCUAGAAUCGAUGAAGGUUAUUAACAUGGAUGCACAAAUGAUGGAAGAUAUGGAUGACCUUGAUAAUGAUAAUGUAGCAGCCUAUAAUAUGGCCGGAGAUGCUGAUCAAGCUCCGGUGGAAGACAAUGAUUAUGGAGAUGGAGAUGUAGGAGGAUAUGAUGAUGACUAAACACAACUAUCACAAUAGGUAAGCUUUUAUGCAUGCUUUAUUCACCAUCUAGAAUUCUAAUCAGAAACCCUUUUAUUUUGGUUCUUUGCUUUCAUUGCUUGGUUGGCAAUCUAAAUCAUCUUAUUUUACUAAGAGCUAUAGAUGGGUUUCUUAGGGGAAGGAAUGUUAAUAACAUUAUCCACUUAAAAUUUGUCACGUCGAUUCCUCUACCGUCUCUUGUUGACCACUUGUUUGGUUAGUCCCCGCUUAAAAUAUACUUUUGUCAGUAAUAAUUUUUUUCUUUUUUUUU